UAAUUGUUCAAAAGAAGCAGCUGUACUCUUUGCUAAAAUUUAAUAUUUUAAAACUAACGACUAUUAGCAUAGUUAGAGGAGAUCUCGGAAAUUCUCCGCCUUAUUAUUGAACUGCUUCUCUGUUUGUUCAUUAGUCAGUCGGAGAGAAUGAAGCGUAAACUUUACAUGGGAAAUCUUACUACAUAUGUUUACAUAGGAUAUUUCUACUUGAUUGUUAUUCUUCUGCAUUUAACACUACUUGAUAAUGUGACUAGUUCAUUUGCCCCAUCUGAUAACGCUUCAACAGUUACAAAAACCCAAUCUAUUGCACCGACCUCAAAAGAAACGAAAAAAAGUACUGUAGCUGCAUCGACAAAAGCGAAAAAUGAAGAAGUAACAUCAACCACGACAGGUCCAGAUCAAUCAUCAACAUCAAAUUUCCAAAAGUCAACAAUUGAAAUAACGACAACCGUCGAAUUGACUACCGAAAAAUCUACAACAAAAUCGAGUAUCAAUGUAACUUCAGUUGCACCAACAAAUAAUUCAGCAGUUGGAAACGCUACGCAAAAGUUGACAACUUUCUCGCAACAAAAUAAUUCAAGUAGUGAAGGCUCAAGUACGACAACUGGUACAACCGAUCUCCCUAAUACGACAACUGGUACAACCAACCUCCCUAGUACAACAAAUGGUACAACAGGUACAACGCAAACUACAACAGAAUAUACAACAACAGAAUAUACGACUACAGAACCUUUCCCGACUAUCCCGAAUUUCCUAAGUGAACCUAAUAUUUCUUGUUCCUCUCCUCAACCUCUAAAUGAUAAAUAUCAAUUGUUAAACAUACAAACUAACUACGAAUUUGACUUUACCUGGAAUGGAGUAUAUGUUUUUCCAAGUAAGAUGUUCAAAUGCUUCGGAAAAUUAAUAAGAGUACUAGGUCCUUCCUGUAACAGCAGAGUCGAAUUUGGUUUGUUUUGAUUCUUAAUUAUAGCAACAAAUUCUAAUGAAAUCCUCCUUUUCUAAAAUUAUUAGUUAUGGGUCAAAUAGACCAUUCAAAAGGGCUAUUUUCCAUAAACUAUCAGAAAGAAUUUCGAAAUGGUGUCAUCAAUCCCGAUAACACUUUCUUCAAUCGAGGCUUUGCUAUUGGUAUAAGAACUGUAUCUUGUAGAGAAAUUUUUAAAAGAUCCUGGGAAACUACUGCAUUUCACUUGUAUGAAAAGUCUGGUAAAAGAGUUGCCUUAUCAGAAGUGCUAACUCUAAAUCUUGAUUUAAAUAUUCAAAUUUACUUUGAGAAUACAAAUUUCGGUAAAUUUCAACAUUUAUUAUCAAGUACUUCGUCAAAUUGGUCUAUUGAUAAACUUAAAUGGUGGAGAUUAUAUCUACGUAAAAUAUUCUUCGUUCAAAGAGUUACAGUAAUGGCAUAUAAAGAAGAUAUUAUCAACUAUAAGCGUUAUCCUUUCUUCUACGAUACAUCUACCGUUGUCAGCAGUUGUGUUGAGACAAAACAGCAAAUGGGACAGAGUUGUAAAUCUGACCUAAGUUGUGAUGGAUUUCAUACAAAUGGUUCAUAUUGUUCUAAGCAUCAGAUUUUCUCUGAAAUAACCAACGGAACACUGGCAAUUAGCAAAGAUAAAUACAUGAAUAGUUACAAGAUAUUAGACGAUACAGACUGCUGUUACGAAAAAACCGCCUGCGAACAUAUGGACCUGUUAGAAAGUGAAACCAAUUCCAUUAAGUUCAACAUCUCCGUUACGGAUUUAAGUAUGACUGAUAAUGUUGCCUCAACUUGCUAUUGGGUCGAGAAUAGAUAUUACGACUGUGACCCCGCCAGUGUUGGAGAAUUAGUUACCGUAAUUGAGAAAGAACUUCAUACAAACUUUACAGUUUGCAAUAUUGAAAUCUUUGGUGGGGAGAGUAAAGAUUCUGCACAUCCGAAUAUUGCGCUUGGAAAACCGGUUUGGUCUUCUAUAUCAGCAACCGAGAAGACAACAGCUACUUUGACAACUGACAAUAUUUAUCGACAAGGCUUUCAUUAUGAUAAUGAAUGUUGGAAAGCGGGAACGGAAAAUUUCUGGUUAAUUAUAGAUUUAAAAGCUACCUAUAAUGUAAAGAACGUCCAUGUUGUGAGGGGAAAUUCGUAUAUUGCAACAAAUGAUGUUUUAAACAUAUCUCUAUUUUACUCAAUCAAUCCGGACGCCAAUUUAUCAAUCUGCGCUAUUGUUCCCUUUUCAAAUAUGACCCUUGGCUCAACUAAUAUUUUCUCGUGUAGUUUACAUACGGUUGGUCGUUAUGUUGAAAUAUCUAAUGGACCAAAAACACAUAAUCUACUAACUACUGGUGCAUUUUUUGAUAUUUGCGAAAUUUUUGUCUAUGGAACUCCAAACAACGCUCAAGAUACACUGUUGAAACAAUAUAUAAAUGUCAAUUCUUUCGUUACCCAAAGUUCAACACCUUAUCCACAACAUGCAGCAAAUAAAGCCGUCGAUAUUUUCUCUUUCAACAAUAUUAUAUAUACAAAGAAUAUAAGCUGCAGUCAAACUAAUGAGAGAGGUAAUAAUUGGUGGGGUGUUGAUUUUCAAGAAUUAGUUACAAUUCAAUCAGUCUCAAUCUUACCAGAGCAUUCAAAGAACUUUGAAAAUAUUAAAAUAUAUAUUACAAACAUUUGGCCAUAUCCAUCCGAAGAUUGGCUUAAUAAUACGGAUUAUACGGAAUGUUUAUCAAACGAUACCAAUCAUACUGAUGCAUUGAAUGGGGAACAAGUUACAUUUUAUUGCGAUAAUAAUCCUGUUGGAACUCACCUGAUAAUUUCUGGAGAGAAUAGAACAGUAAUGAUAUGCGAUAUUGCCGUAUAUGGUUGGGAUCUGAAAAAUGUGAACGGAGUUGAAGUUCCUGUUGAGUCUCUUGAAUUCACCGGAGGAACUAAACAUAAAAAUACUUCUUAUUUAGUUGACGGUGAAAAAGAUAGCUGUCUAACGGUUAAAAACUAUACUCAUAUUUUCAUUCUCGAAUUGGACCAUAGGAACAACUAUACUCGAAUCAAUUACUUUAAAAUUUCAACGGGUGAGGAUAGGCGUUUUAAAAUAUAUAUAUCCAACGACAGUUCAUCCGAUUCUGGACAACUUUGCAAUCAAAAAACUUUUGUAUAUAAACCUGGAAAUUUAAAGCACUCUUGUUAUCGAAAGUCUGUUUGGGGUAGAUACGUUAUUAUAAAAGAUUUUUCUGGUGACAAGGGUAUAUUUGGGAAAUUUUGUGAAAUAAGAGUAUUCUCAUUCGACCUUGCUUCUAAUAGAAGUGAACCAUUUAAAUUUACUCUUUUAAGUAAAAAAACGCACUUGAAAGAAAAAUAUAGAUAUACGGGACAAGGAAUAGAGUCUGUUGAACAGUGCUCAGCCAUCUGUUCAUUAAAUGCUACUUGUUUGGGAUUUUCCUUUCCGCCAUGCUACUUUACAUCCCACUAUCCUACUCUUACUAAAGAGAUUGAAACAAAUGACAAUGCUUUUGUUGCACGAAGUAUUCAAAUUAGUAAUAAAAAAGCGGACUGUUUGUAAUAAUAUAUUUUUACAUAUAAUCAUCUUUAACAAAAUAAAGUAACAAAUACAAACAGAGAAAAGGAAAAAAGAGACUUUAAUAGAUUUGUUUAGAGAAGAUAAAAAUUAAAUCAAAAAGUUCUUUUUUUAUCAUAAAUGUUCUAUAUUAUUUCAAUAUUUUAAUUCUUCCAGACAUCUAAGUAUCUUUCUUUGGAUAAGCUGCCAAGAAUAGCAUGGAUUAAGUAAAAAGAUGUUUCUUUAUUAGGUUUUCACAAGCCUAUAUUUUAUUUAGAAAGAAACACCUUUUUUUCGAAAUGCUCCGGCAGUUAAUUCAAAGAGUUA